AUGAAAAAUAUGGAUCCCUGGAGUACUUGUCAACAAGAAGACGUCAUAAAUUUUGAAUCAUUAUCUUUAAAAUUCGAAGACGAUUUUUCACUAUCGAUUAAUCAAUCUUUACCAGAUUCCGAUCAGUAUUUGGCAACUUUAGAAUCAAAAUUGAAGCAACUGAAAAAAGACUCCAACAUCGUUGAACAACUUAUAGCGAAACGUGAAGCUUGCAUGCAACAGCUUCUGGAAGGAGAUAACCUAGUCGAGGAAGAGCCAGAAUUGAACGAACCAGUGAAUAAUUUGAAAAAUUUACUAUCUUCCAGGCAAGCUCUCAAUCAAGGAGAAAUUGUAGAUUUUAUAAAGCACGACCAGUUAGAAAACACCGAAGACAUUCCAGAAACGAGAAGAGAUUCUCAAGAAAUCCGUUCGCCUUAA